AUGUUCCGCUCUAUUGCGACGUUCCGCACCGCUUCUCUCGCCCCGCUCUGUUCGAUCAAUAUUCACACACGCGCGGCGCCCAGGUCCAGCCUGGUCCAUCCUUUCGUGCAUGCAUGCAUGCACGCACGGCGCGCGCGCGUCCUUGCCAGGCUCCCUCCUCCUCCAGCUCCCCCGUCCGUCCGCGCGCGCCGCACGAUCGCGUCGCCGCGUCAUCCGUCGCGCACACCAACCCUCGUCGAACCCAGCUGUGCGCUCGGCCUUGCAUGGGUGUGGGGCUGGUGGCCGGGCAGCGACGCGACGCGCCGCCGACGCACCGACGGGGCCCACGCGCCCCAGCUUGCCCCGCAGGACGCUCCCGUUCCCCCCCCCCCCUCUCUCCCUCCCCAGCUCUCUCGCGCGCGGGCGCGGUCGAUCCUCGGUGCGAUGCCGAGCAUUGCCGCGUUCCCCGCCCACCACGCGCCGCUCGACCCCUCAGCCUCUCAGCGCUCUAGCGUCCGCCCCGUCCCGCUCUUCCCUGUCGACCGCCCACUUCCGUUCAGUUUCAGUCCUGCAUUCCCGUUCCGUUUUAUUUUCGUCCUGCCCGUGUCCUGCCCGUGUCCACCCCUUCGUGCAUGCAUGCAUGCAUGCACGUACCGUGCGCGCGCGUCCUCGCCAGGCUCCCUCCUCCAGCUCCCCCAUCCGUCCGCACCCGCGCGCCGCACGAUCACGUCGCCGCGUCGUCCGUCGCGCACACCAACCCUCGUCGAACCCAGCUGCGCGCUCGGCCUUGCAUGGGGGUGGACCCGCCGCUCGCCGCCGCGCGCCGCCGACGACGGGAAUCGCGAUCGGAUGUGGGACCUUGUGGACCAUCGAGCGUUGCGCGUUGAUCGUUGCUUCUCCCGCCGUACAACCGAGCGGGAUAACUGCGAGACGACCAGGCAGCACCGCCCUGUGCGUGUGCGUGUGCGUGUGCGUGUGCGCGACGGCGACGGCGACGGCGACCAUCAGGCCAGCUCGUGGAUCUCCAGCGGACGCACGAGUCGGGCGUCGCGAGAUCUAGAGGGGCAGGCGAGCCAAGCGCGGUUCGGAGCACUGUGUCGCGGGAAGGUGCUCGCCUAUACAGUACAGUACAGUAACGGUGCUCGCCUUGGCUUCAUAAAUGGGGAUCUCGGAGCGGGAUCUGGGAUCGGGAUCUCGCGUAUCUGCGGAAAGGUAAGCGGUCGCCUCAGCGGCGGCCUGGCACUGGCACCGGCACUGGCACCGGUCUGCGCCGGCACUGGCACUGGCACUGGCACUGAUAUCGCACUGGCACUGAUAUUGCACCGCACUGCACCGCACCGCACUGCACCGCACUGCACCGCACUGCACCGCGGUGGUCUGACCGAGGCUCCGACGACGCUCAAGUACUCCGGGACCAUCGAUCAGCAGCGCGUGAUCAGACGAGGACGGCACUACACAUACGGCAUCAGGACGGCUCGCGCGGGACCACGAGGAUCGCACUCCUUCGCGACUCCCCGUCGUAUGCCCGCCCCGUCCGCGCAUGCCGACGAGCGAGGAGAGGUGCACGGACUCGCGAGCUUAGCAAGGGCAGAACCCGGGCGAGCUCAGGCACCGCUCGGGCUCGGGCUCGGGCACGGGGUGCUCGUGUACCGAUGCAUCGAUGGGGCACGCACGAUCCUCUCCAGACGCGAUUCGGAAAUGCAGGCUUGCCGGGCUCCCUCCGUCCAACUCCGUCCGCCCGUCGUUGUCGGGACCGAGGUCGCGUGCACGUCGGGGUUCGACCUAUAUCCAACGGCGGCGGGGCCUGUAGUCAGCAGGCUUGUCGAUCGACACAGGCCGGCCAGGACAGACGGACAGACCGGGACGGACACGGACAGACCCCCGUGGAAUUCGAACCUAGGACGACAGACCGACGACAGGAACCUUGGAGGCGCAGGGGCGGAGGUGUCGGAGCCGCGAAUCCAGGGGCGAGCCCCUCGAGCUCUGUCAAGAUCAGGCGUCGGGCACCUGGACAGCGAUCGAUCGCAGGGUUGCCUCUGCCAGCAUACUGCCAGCAUGUGCGGGCACGGUAUGGAAGGGUAUGGAGCGAUGGAGCGCACCGUGCGGCUGCGGGGCCGCUGCAGGAUCCUGGGAGGGCUUCGACGCCGCGCCGCGCCGCGCGCGUCGGGGAAGCCGGCAUUUUCGUGCGCGAAUACCAAGUCCUCCGUAUCCAGCCCCGGGCGUCGAGUUCGGGUGCAGCUAAUACCCGUCGCGCCACUAAUGCACCUUGCUGUUCGGCUUUCAGUCGAGGUCGAGUCCCGCCCGUAUCUGGGUGCAAGCCAGGUCUGCGAUCAAACUGUGGCGCUGUGUCAGAAAUAUAUUUUGAUCAGGCCAGCAUCACGCGCGGGCUCGUACCUCGAUGCUACGAGGCGAGGUACAGUACAGCAGGGGUACUAG